UAAAGUGAAUGAAAGUAAAAUAGAAUGAAAUAACAACAAAAACAUUAAAGUAGACUGUAACCUGGUUCUUAAUCGGAGUGAGUGUACUGGCAGUUUAUAAUGUAGAAUGUAGCCUGUUUUUUAAGCUGGUAAGCAUAUUGGCAGUCUAUGAUGUACACUGUAGCAAUGGUCAUUAAACUGAGUGAGUGUACUGGCAGUCUAUAAUGUAGAUUGUAGCCUGUUUUUUAAGCUAGUAAGCAUAUUGGCAGUCUAUAAUGUAGACUGUAGCCUGGUUCAGUAAUUUAAAUAUAAUAAAAAAAAAAAAUUAUUAUUAUUACAGUGCAGUACUGUAGUGUUGUUAUUAUGAACAGAUGUCCAUUAUUGAUAUGAAAAUGAGAGCACACGUUGAGCGUUAUCCUGCACUGUAGUGACCUUGAAGUGCAGUGCUGCUACCUAAUAAACAAUCCUACAUUGAACAUUUGAACGUAUUGGCAGUACACUGGUGGUGCGCGGUCUAUAAAAACAAAUGUUUCGCAAUCAAUUUUUUUCCUCGAUUCGCAACCCUGGUCAGAAAAUCUUGCGGGGUGGUGGUGGUGGUGGUGCGUCAAACUCAGUUCUCAUGAUGUCGAAGCUGUUUCGGAAGACGAAUGUUUAUGAGCGACUGAACAUGAAGCUUCACAGCCUGAUGACAAUUGGCUGCUCCGUGGUCCAAAGGCAGAUUUAAUCGUGCCCUGGACUUGGUGAAACGGUUCCUCGAGUCAACGAUCAAUAAAUAAUUCUUUUUUUUAGCACGUCUCAGUAGACUAAGUAAAUUUUCGAAUCGCGUCAAACUUGGCGACAGGGUCAAUUAAAGAAUAAUACGCAGAUUUGCUUACUUAAAUUUAGAUUUUAGACUGUUUUAUGAGGACCGGUGUGUUAUGCUGCACCGGUGUACCACCAAUACAUCAAUGUGUCAUGUCGGAACAUGAAUAGCUUGUGACCAUCACGCACAAUGCGUCCCAUCUCGUCACAUCUCGGAAGCUGAGCAGAAAGUUGAGCCUGGAUCCAUCCUUGGAUGAGCAACCGCCACGCAUAACAGGUUGCUGUCGACCGCGUGGUGGACAGCAGAGGGCAGUGACGGCGAAAUCAAUUGUUGAACGGUACUUCUAUGCCUUCACGCCUUCAACCAGCACGUACUCACCAUCGUGGUGAAGUAUGGUUAAAUAAACCCCCCAUGCUGUGCGGGUCGUGGGGGAGGCUCUUAGAUUGACAAAUAAGAGCGGGUGUGCAUUCACAACGUGUAAAUGCAUUGUCUUAUGCAUUCAUUUGUUUCCAGGGAUUAAUUUCAACAUGGAGCUCCAGAAAAUUCUGGGCUGAGCUCCGAAAACUAUCUCCGCGGGGUCUGGGGGAUGAGUGGGUGGAUGGGGGGAGGUGGGACCCUGGAAAUAUAAUAUGAGAAAUUAAUCUGUGGUUGUUUCCACAAUGUAAGAACGCCACCACUAAGGGAAGGAAUUUUACGGCCAAUAUGUUCUGCUACGAGGCUGUGUGAAUGGUGAAAUUGGUGAGUUAUUUCUAACGGGAUGCAAUACGAUAAGUAAAUGCAUUAUUAGAUGGCGUCAGAUGAAUUACUACAUCAUCGAAAUAUUGCCAAAUGUAUGUAUUGUUGUUAUGCCCACUAGUAAUCUGUUCAUAUCUCGUAGAAUUUUCCCAGGUCUAUUUAAACAAGAAAUCAGACAACAAAUCUCAACGGGUAGACUGCUGCUCUACUCUGGUUAAGUAAGUAAAGAAAUAUUGUGCAUAUUCAUAUUUUGAAGUUAGGGUUUCCGAUAUAGAUGCCUUUGUUCCCGGAAGUAUUUAAUUUGAGGUAUUAACGUUACGCUUGAAGUGGCACAACAACAUGAUAUCACUCGGCGCAUGACGUGUAACGUCGAAAGACGUUGCCACACAAUGACGUGAUUGGAUGGGGCAUUGAGGCUUACGUGAGUUGUUUUAUCGCCGUCUUUGUCUACUUGUUUUAGGCGACUCGUUGAUCAAUGUAGUUUUUUUUUUACGUGACGUGGCCUAGCGUCAGCGUGUUCGAUGCUUGUCACGGAGGUUCGCAGUUCGAAUCCACCGGCCGCCCUGAUUAUUACCAUGGGUGUAAUAAGCGUAAAAAUACGCGCCGUCUGCUUCAUAGUGGACGUUAAAGAGCCCCUGACGUCGUUCGCAAGAGUAGGCCAUUGUGCGCAGGCUUAAUGGUUCCAAAUUUAAAGAUUACCCGCAAAUUACUGCAAUAUGAAUGUAUGAAUGUACAUAGCAAACCAUCACCUCCUACUACAAAUGCUUGGCAGGACCUUCCUGGCAACUAAAACGGAGUCAUGCGACUCAGUAGUGAGGCUUUCCUGGGUUAGUCCAAUUUGAAUAGUAAUAGGCCAGGAUCCUAGUAGCAACACAACUGUACAGUAAAGUCUCGCUAAUGUUGCUAGAUGCGGUGUGUCGGGUGAUGAAAUACAUGUGUUCGGGUGGCCCACUGAACAGGCGCGGCUUGAAUUAAUCCCUGAGGACACGGGAAAUCUGCGUUAACGACUCUCGUGCUAGGAACCAUGCUCCGAACAUGGAUGAAGACACACCUCGAGGAAUAGGAGGAGGCUCACGUGACAGAUUGAUUACAAUUUCACUGACAAACGAUCGUCACGCCACUGAGUUCACUGAAAUCGGGCAAACAUCCACAUUUACGGACUCACGGCUCUAUGAUGUAACAAUCUACCUGACAGCAUGCACCUUGCACACGAGCUGAUGUCUUUCGCACCGUACGUAGCCAACCGUGAUAAUCGUUUAGAAAUGAUUUUUCAAUCUAUAGAUUUAAAAGCGCAUAGCUCCAGUGGCUUCCAAAUGUAGGAAGGAAGAGCGUUCCAGACGGCCGCAGAAGUGCAUCUGAAAGCGCGCGACGCGGUGACCGUUUUUGUUCAAUGACGGGCGCCACAAUUAUUAUCACUGUAAUUAAUAGAGAUUAUCUCUCUACGCUAUGGGUGUGUUUAGUUUUUGUCGUAUAAUUCGUGCUCGAGCACCACUGCCAACGCAGUAUCACACAAGAUAGAAUGGCGCUGAGCUAUCGGUGAAUUAUUAUGAGGUGCGUAUGCGCUUUUUCAGAGGACCCAUGUCCUUUUACACACCUGCACGCAAAGUGUCUUGAACGGAUAUAUAAUUGAAUUGAAUACGCGCGCGUGUGUGUGUGUGUCUGUGUCGAGAAACGCGAAUAUGACCUUGUCUAAAAUUAAUUAUCCGUAUGUAUUAGGAAAAAAAACGCGGCUGAUGGGGAAAAGUUUCGGCAUUAAUUGCCCUUUAUCAACCUUUGACUUGAAAACUGUCACGUGCGCCUGCCUCCUCGGUAGUGGUGGUGUGUGUGUGUGUGGCUCAGAAUAAAGACGCCGCUAAUAAUCUCCUGACAUUAAUGAGCUCAUUUGCAUAUGCGAAGGAGGCCAGCUUUAAUUAGUUACGGAAUUCAUCGGCCCAAUUAACGGCUGUAACCGAUCAUUUUGGGAGGAUUGCACUCGCGACUUCGCUUCUUGCAGCUCUGCCCCCUGGCUGCUUGCGCUACUGGAAAGGAUUUUUCAACACCGCAGCGUCGUGCCGGAAAAAAACCCCACAACAAAAACACACGUGCCAACCGUUCUUCAUUCAUGUCUAUUAGUUCAACGUAAAUCAGUCAGAUCGAUUGACGAUCCAGCACACACGUUUACUUAAACACGCCAGUCACUCGCUCACCGUUGGUCAGUCACUUACAUAGCGCUCUUCUAUCGCUACUACCAUGGUGACUUCACCCGUUGCUUCAUCCUCCCCCUCCUCCCAUGUUGAGAACUCGGUUUAACCUGAUUGGCUGUUUUGGCUCGUCCACACAGUUGGUUCAACCACCAAACUGCAGAUCACAAAAAAUAUUUUGGCUGCUUCUUCCCUCGCACUUGUCCACCUUGGAAUGCCCUCCCAUCGUCUCGUCACCCAAGCUCUUGCGCAAUCCAAGAGACGUGUUCAACCUUAUCUAUUACAACUUUCAAAAGUGAUGGUUGCCACCGUUGGCGUUUUGGGGCCUUUGAGAUGAUGUUUAGUAACCGUGAUAUUACAACAACAAAAACGAGGUAAGAUCCCAUUUUGAGACGACUCGCCUCGUUUUCAAAGGAGAUCCUCAUUCAGCGCGUUCCGGGAUUGAAGGCCCCUUGUUUUAAUCCACUGCUGGAUGAUGAAGUCCCCACGCCGUGUCGGUAGUGGGAGGUAUUUGAUCGCCCUUCAGCACGAUGGACAGUGCGGGCUUAUGAAGUGGGUUGCGGAGUCGGGCCCCGUUCAGAUAUCACUUGUCACUGAUGUCAGCCAUGGCAGGGAAUCGAACUCAGGUGGCUAUGUUUGUAGAGAAGUGUGACAACCACGGCGCAACGGGCAUUCCUGUCGUGUCCUGAAAAUAAAAUUAGUCGGAAUAAUUCCAGUAUUUGCAUUGGGAUAUUUAGCCAAGUCAAGUGAAAUGAGUGAGGGUACUAAUGUGUUUAGGUGAAUUUGUGAUGAAGGUAUUCUUUGGGUCUUUCGGUAAGGUCACAUAGAUAGGUUCUUUGAAUGCCUGUAGUCACGAAAACUUGAAGUUGCGAUGAAGGUGUUUGUCUGCUCAGCCUCCUGCUAUAAGGGGGCACAUUAUCACCAACGCUCCCUCCCCGAUGUCACGUAGCGGCCCUAUUUCAACCCAUACCGCUAAUGGAGAGAAAUGUUUAGAUGCAGCCGCUUUCCGGAUCCACUGCUGGAUGACUGCCUCCCUACGCCGCAUGAAUUAUGGGGGUGUUCCUUCUCCAUGCUGGUCAGUGCGGGUGAGUAAAGACGAUGAGCGUAGAUUGUGUAGCAUAGAAGACUUUUGUUACACUGCACUCUGCUGACAACGUAUACCCUCCCAGCAGCCUACAACACCUGUUUCAUGUGUUGCGGUCGCCCAUCCAUCCAAUAACGAUUCAGGUUUAGGCCUGCUUAGCUUCCGAGAUCUGACCAGAUCGAGUGAUUUAGUCAAACCAAGAUGUGUUAUCCGGAACCGCGCGUCUAAGCCCAACAGAUGAGCCACCUGACCGCCAACGCGUCCUAAACUACGGGUGCAGGAGUAGCCUCCGUUGCGAGUGUACAAUGUUGCCCAGUAAGAUGUAUUCAGUUAUUUUCAUAAUUGCAAUUUAUAUAGCCGGUUGAGCUGCGGUUUUGCAACGUUGGCACCGCAUCGCUUGUGUGCUUACCUUGCGCAAGUGUUUUUUUAUUAUUAUAAAUCAAUAAAAACACGCGAACGCUUGAGCGUUCUGCACGAGCACGGAGUAACGGCAGCAGCUUUGGGCACGAGCAGAGUGCCGAGAUGUUGGCGAACGCGUGGGUCGCCAAAGCCGCGCGGGCUCGACACGUGGAGGUUCAGAGGGUGCGAGAAGUCACGCGCUAACACAUUCGCACACUUGCACGCGUUUUUUUUUUUGCGUGUUCAGUUUAUUUUUUUAUCGACGUAGCUCAAGCUUAUGUCUAAUUAUAAUUCUCUUCGGCAAAAAAAAAUAUAUAAAAUGACACCUUUCUGGACACACCGUGCAUUUUAGAACUGGCGUUGACUGAUACGUGUAUUUCACUCGUAAGCUAUACUCCCUCUCCUCCUCCCCCGUGCAAGCAUGACGGUGGGGGCAUAGCCCCCUGGACUGACAAACACCCGCGCUCGCAUGGAGACAUCGAGAGAGGCUCGGCAGUGUUAUUUCUGUGCCGGAUUAAGCGCGCGGUGAUACUGUGGCUUGGUUGUCCAUCCCCAACGCUCGCUCGCUCGCUCGCUCCCCAUCCGCCAGGGCCGCUUCAGCUUAAUUCAAGCACGAAACGGUGUGAUGGUAAAACAGAGGAAGAAAAACUGACCGUGAACUGGAAUCCACCGUGAGAUUUAGACGGUGAAAUGCGUCGACGGUCAACACAGUGGUAUAGGUUAACGGUGAUAAAGGUUCCUAAGAGCCCGUAGCGGAAUGUGCAAGCUUUCCGUGGGCUUCGGUGUCACACUCGACGGGAGGCGAGCUACAUGGUUCGCCGAUGUUGUUUGGAGCGCACAUUUGUAAGUGCGCAUUGCGAGACUUGGGGCAAUUAUACAGAACUUUACGAUGAGCUUUCCCUAUGAGUAAAACCAAUCUACCUCGGUGAUAGUGUUUUUGUGAACCCAGUUUUGAUUUAAAAAAAAAUAGUUGUUGGGUUUGUAUCUCCUGUGGAUAUUGUAUGCGUAAUAGACUCGACUGUGUUUGUGCAAAGUGUGCGCUCUGUAGCCUUUGUAGAACACGAUUAGAAUCAAGUCGAAUAUCACAAUCUUCCUCCACAUGUACAGUAUGUAUGAACUUCUUUCGCUCAGUGCGUAGCCAAAUGUGUUCAUCGGAGGUGUGGGGAUUAGGUACACAGAGAUAUUCCAAGUAGCCAUAUCUGGCCAGAAUUCUUUAAGAGCAAAACCACUUUGCGGUUGAUUUUUGCAAAACAAACAAGAUUAUUAUUGUUUUUUCCCCAAUAGCUGUUCGUACAUUUGUGUUUAUGCAAAAAAAUAAAAAAUACACGUUUCAGUGUGUUAUUACGCGUGUCUCCACCGACGCCCGGGGUUAGACAAUUCAGUUUUAAUUAAUGUUGUUAGGCUUAAAAAAAAGAGUCAGUUUGUUUAAUGCUAUAUUUCAUUCUGACAACCAUUUAUUGCGAACGACGAUUAAAAAAAACAAAUCUUCGAUCACGCCACCGUGGCCGCACUGCGCGGUUGACUCACGAUGAGCUCACCCUCGCAGCAUCCACCAAACCUGCACGACCACCCCCCGCCAAGUUCCGGUAACACGAGGCUCCGAGGGUAAUGGAGCGAGGUGACAGCUGACCAAUGGAGCAGGGCUGUGCUAUAUGAGUCGCGUGUGUGUACGCGUGCCUGUGUGUGCCUAGCUGUGUGUGUGUGCACGUGUGUGUGUGUUUUCCUCUCUCUCUCUCUGUCUGCCCUCUGUGUGGCUGGAGGGAGAGGCAUGAAAGAGCACGGAUCGUCCACCCAGUUGCCCAGAGUCGGGCAUUUGCCCUCCCCGCUCGCGAGGAUGCAGCUGGCACAUCAAGCCUACUUCGCUCCCUGUUCAUCAUCCUCCUCCUCCUCGAGCAUGGCGUCGGGUUUUCCCACUUUCUCGACGCGCUUACAUCACCAGCCCGGCCUCGAGGUGGAACUUUCUUGGAGGGACGAGCCCGGCUCCUCCCCGAACACAAUCACAGUCGACUCGCUCCACAGACUGGGACUCGGCAUGAGCGCGCAGGCGGGGGCGUUCCCUUUUGCGGCUCCAAAGGAGGUGGUGGCGGUGGAAGAAGCGCAGCAGCAUCAUCAUCAUCAGCAGCAGCAGCAGCAUCAUCUUCAGCAGCAGCAGCAACAGGGCAGAGUCCCGCUCCUCUUUGGCGAUCUCAGCUGCGACACGCGACACACGUUCGAAGACACCGCCGAUAGAUUCGCCUUGGCUCCGGCUGCCCCUGCGCCAAGCGCGGGGGUCAUGUUCCCAUACGUGGGGCAGCAGGUGGCGGGGCCGCCCGCCUUCACCAUGGGCAGCCCCGGCCGCUACAUGGGCCCGCAGUCGGUCCUGUCGGGCGGCCCCUACGGCACCUUCCUGGCGCCUCCACCACCGCCGUCUUCGUCGUCGUCACAGCCCUUCUCCGGGUACACCUACCCGCAGCAGUACCCGCACGGGUACCACCAGGGUGGCUCCUUCUACUCGCUGGGGCCACCGCAAGCGGGGCUGGUGCCGGGCAAGGCGCACGUGUAUCUGUGCAACCGCGCGCUGUGGAUCAAAUUCCACCGCCACCAGACGGAGAUGAUCAUCACCAAGCAGGGCAGGCGAAUGUUCCCCUUCCUGAGCUUCACCGUGUCCGGCCUCGAUCCCACCGCGCACUACAACAUCUUCGUCGACGUGGUUCUUGCAGACCCCAACCACUGGCGCUUCCAGGGCGGCAAGUGGGUGCCGUGCGGCAAGGCGGACACCAACGUGCAGGGGAACCGCAUGUACCUCCACCCAGACUCGCCCAACACGGGCGCGCACUGGAUGCGACAGGAAAUCUCCUUUGGAAAGUUGAAGCUCACCAACAACAAGGGCGGCACCAACAACACGGGACAGAUGAUCGUGUUGCAGUCGCUGCACAAGUACCAGCCGCGACUGCACGUGGUGGAGGUGAACGAGGAGGGCGUGGAGGACGCCACGCAGCCCGGACGAGCUCAGACCUUCACGUUCCCCGAGACACAGUUCAUCGCGGUCACCGCCUACCAGAACACGGACAUCACGCAGCUGAAAAUAGACCACAACCCGUUCGCGAAGGGAUUUCGUGACAAUUACGACUCCAUGUACCCGGGGCUGGACGCGGACCGCCUCACGCCGUCACCUCACGACGUCCCGCGGCAUCACUCGCUGCUCGGCGGGCCGCGCUACGACAGCAGCUCCCUGCUCGCCGAGCGCUUCGGCUCGUCCGCGUACAGCUCGAAGCUCGCCGCGGCCGCCGCCGCCGGCUUCUCCGACGCCGACCGCGGUGACCUGGGCGGGUGCGGGCCGGCGUCCGUCCAGCGCUGGCUGGUGGGACCGUUCCAGCAAGCGUACGAGGCGGACACUGGCGGCGUGGGAUCGGCCGGAGCGAGCAACGGCGCCGGAGUUGGCGUCGGGGUCGGGAGCGGAGCCGGGGGUUCGCUGCAGCUGCCCUACGGGCUCAAGUCGCUCGCGCUGCCGCCCAGCUCCGCGUGCUCGCUCGGCUACUACUCGAGCGACACCGCGGCGGCCGCAGCCGCGGCGGCGGCCGCCAGCGAUUGGGGCAAGCCGUGGUCGAGUCGCGCUCCCCAUCACCACCACCAUCAUCACCACCACCACGCGGCCUCUCUGCAGCAGCCGUCGCCUCUGCAGCAGCAGCAGCAGUCGGGUUUGGCGACGGCGCCUUCCGCCGUGAUCGCACCCGUGGCAGGUGCGUCGCAGCCUCCGUCAACGUCGUCGACAACGUCGUCUUCGUCGUCGUCAUCGGCUGGAGGUGGCUCCAUGUUCCAGGAGCUGCAGCAGAUCGGCGCGGCCGGGCCCGUGCCAGAGCAGGAUCUCAGGGCGGACAAGUUGCUGGAGAGUCCCCCAUCCAGCAAGUCGGCAGAGUCCACGGACUCUGGGGUGUUCGAGAGCGGGGUCGGAGGGGUCGGUGGGGGCGGCAAGAAGCGGCGACUCUCAGGGGUAGACGCGGAGUGCGUGGCCGUGGCGAAGGGGGGCCCCACGGGACCCCCCGCCUCGACCGAUUUCGACAAGAGUUGUCUGAAGGAUGUGGUGUGCUACGGCUACUACGGGGCCGAGUAGCUUCGCGGUGGUCAUUUGCAAAGCCGCGAACGCGACGGCACAACGAUGACAUUGUAUACAACACAAACACACACACACACAUGUACAAGUACAUACAAAUGUAUACAACAACAAAAGUAACGAACUGUGUUAGGAAUAGUACACAAGCACAAACAUAGAUAUAUUAAAGAUAAAAUCACCGCAUUCGACAUUCGCGCCCUUAAAUAAUGGAUCUAACACUCUUACAUGAGAAACAUAUAGAAUGGUCCCGUUCUGAACAAGGGUAAUUUCCUGAAACGUCGGUAUUAUAUUUUGUUUGUCCAGCCAGUUAAUUUGUUUCUAUUGUAAGGCAGUGUUAAUGACAAAUGCAGUGGUGUUUUUUGCCGGAUUUCCGCGCAUAUACAUACAUACACACACUCAUUCUCAGUGUUGAUGGGUGGCCUCAUUCGUGUUACACGGCCUAUGCUGAUUGUACGAUGUCUCGUUGUGUUUACAAAUUGAUCUCUCUUCAUAUAUAUAGUACAUUGUGGCAGUAUUACUUUAGGUCGUUUCAAAGACGUGCUCGAUUUAUAUAUACAGUAUACGGUAUAUACACACACGUAUGAUUUCUGUGAGUUUUGCAAAAGAUGAGACCGAUUUCUCCUAAUAAUACGGGCAUUUGAUUUCAUGAUUUUAUUACUAGAUUGUGUUUAAAGCAAACGAUAUAUCGAUUUGAAAGCGGGUGCAGUUUAAUGUAAAAUCGUCAACAUCCUUUAGAGUAAUUACCCAUGAAGUUUUCUGGAGAAAUGCGCUAAAAUAUACCGGACACUUGUAACACUAAGUGGGCAAUUCGUUAAAAUAAGAAAUCGUCUUUAAGCCUUAUGUUACUAAAUACAUCGGCUCCUUCCUAUUUUACAGCUUCGGCAGUAAGCAGCUCUUAUAAGACGACUACGGGGUUUUGCAAGAGACGGGAAAUCACUUUAAGAACAUCAACAUUCGAUUAUAAAAAUAAUAAUUAUGAAAUGAUAACUCGCAUCCCGAUGGCAAUCCAUUGCUGGAUGAAGGCCUUUCGUCGGUAGGUUGCUUGACCAUACUUCACCACGUUGGUCAGUACCGGUUGGUGAAAGGUAGAUAGCCUAAGACAGGUUCUGAUACCACAUAGCGCUUUUCCACUGUAGCUCCACUCCACUCCGAUUAUUUAUACCUCGGCCUAUUUGUCACGUAUACCGAUAGGUGACCUUGCCGACAAACAAAAAAACGCACACAGCCGCCGAGGUUUGUAAACUGUUGCUUUGUAUUCGUGGCUGUGUGCAUAGUUACACUUAAUUUAAAACUCAAUUGCGUGAGCGGUAGCUCGAAAGACACCCGCUUAUCAUAACCACGAAUGUGAUAUUUAUUCCCUUACAAAUGUGACUGGAUGCGUGCACAGUAUACACAUGUACGUAUAUAUACUACACGUGGAUCUCACAACCGCGAGUGCAGGAGCAUGGACUCAAAAUCAAACCUGAAAAUCCAAGACAUUUAUAUCUCUCUAUUCUCUUUUCAAUGGUGAAAACGCGUUCGUUGUUUAUUUUGCCUGUAAUUAUGUCGAAUUCUGUUAUUUUAAAAUGCACUUUAUUUUCGCACUGUUACCGCCCGCCCCAUAAUAAGAGUAACGUGUGCGACCAAUAGCUAAAUAAAACGAUCGGACUGUGCACAGCCCAAAUAGUAAAGCGGUAGAGGACGUUCGCCACUUGUGCAGGCCGUUCGUCAGGUCCACAUUUAUAAAAAAAUAUAUCUAAAAUUAGCCGUCAAUUACUCAAUUGAGAUUACCGGUAGACAUACCAAACAUCCAAACCACUACUGGUAAACCAAUGCCCCAGUUGACUCUUGAUAAUUAGACGUAUCCUGGUCUUUUGAUUUUCACCUGGUUAAACAAGAUACACUUGAAACUUGAGUAUCGGCUAGAGGCUGACUGGCUGCAACACUUGAUAGGUUUAUGUCAUCUCCUUUUUGUUAUAAUAGGGGUAGGCUGUAAACUGCAGUCAAUGCACCACGGGGCUUCGACAGCCCCUAAUCACGCGUCGUCUAUUUCCAACCACAUAUUUAGCAUAUACAGUACAACACGUGCACGCUCAUGUACAGCCCUCAUGUCAAUACACUGCUGGAUGAGACUUCCCAAGCGUGUGCGGAUCACGUGAUAUAUUGGAGGGUCUAAAAUCAUUUCUAAAAUAAGUUCUAAAUGAGCUUAAGCGGAACUUUUCUCUAUAACCUGUAGCAUAUUCAAUGUUGCUAAGCUGAGCUCGUCGAAGCUCUAUCAUUGGUUGCACAUACACACCCGGCUGUACGCGUGUGUGUGUGCGCAUGUGUGUGUGUUAGUGUGCAUGCAAGCAUGCCAGAUAUAUGCUAUUUUCAGGGUUAUAUCGGCGCAUAUCACCUAAUAGCAGCAGCAGUGUUACAUUUGAGAAAUUAGGCUUAUUGCUGUCAAAGUGCGCCAAUUUAGUUCGCGAGCAUCAUAUUUCCGUAGCCUCUAUAAAGCGUGAUUAACACAAACAUCGUAAAGGAACAGUAUGUGUGCGCGUGUCGCACAUUUGAAAUCAUCUACUCCAAUGUUAACACACGCACGGUACAUAAGGCGUCGUGAGGAUAGCACGCGUUCAGCGAGCGCUGUUCGGUGCUGCGCCGAUGUUUUCGCUGAGCGUAUCAUCAACAUUCGGCACGUGUACAAGUAUACAACACAUAUAAUACCGCUACGGUGACUCGUAAAAUAAUAGUACUCAUAACAAUACUCAGUCAUCAUCUUCGUCGUCAUCAGCAGCCACGAUACAUCGUCCCACGUGUGGAUUAUUCUGCGAUGCAACGAUCCACUUAGCACCUACCUGAAUACGUGCUGAUUUAAUCGCUCCAUCUCCUCCAUGCUCUCGGACGCGUUCCAUCCCUUUGGCUUCCUGCCACCGUCAUUUUCUUGAACAUUGAAAUACAAUAACGAUGACAGAUGGUCGAGAAAAACUACGGAGUGGCAAGCCAAGGGAUGGAACGUGUCUGCUUAUUGUCUCAAUAAUGCUGAGUAGAAACUGCGUCCCGUCGUGAUGUUUGUUUUGCCAUAUUGGAAAUAAUUCGUGACGAAAAGAAACAACACUAAAAUAGUUUGGCAAUUGUCCGUUAUAGUUCCAUGUAAGUGUAUGUAUGAAUAUAUGCAUUUGCGUUGAAUCAUAAUGUAAUCAAUGAGACGGUAAUGGAACUACAGCGCUGGAUAGAGAACCUGACAAUGUCAACUACUGUACAUCUACAAUAUAAUUUGGAAUUAUAUAUAGUGUCUGAAUGGGGUCGCAUCUCAAGACGAUAUACAGGGACGGCGGGGGAGGGGUGGGAGAUUUAUUCUAUAAAGAGCAAGAGGCGAUCAGUCAAAAGGUUUGUUUUGGAGCCUGGACUUGAACAGAGGUAGGUAAAGGAGUCAACAAGACGGAUGGCUUUGGAGGUUAAGCAUCGUUCGGACUUUUAUAGUUCCUAAAUUGUGUCACGCGACAGAGCGGUGCGAUCCAUGAUUUCAUCGCCAUAUCUAACAAUACGCACGCGUUCCUCCCAUUGCAAUUUUCGUAACCGUGGAAUGGCCCAUCACGGCGAUAAUGGAUGGGUUGCGGUAUUUGGAGUUGUUACGCCCAUUGUUGGCACCGUUGACAUCGGGGCAGGUUUCCACCAGAAAUGAAGCCAUGCGCCAACAACACGUUAGAUGUGCCUGACACCCUCGAAAUCACUGUACACCCCACGUAGUGUGUGGGCGCAAUAUACAGGGUGUGCCAUUCAAGGACGGAGUAUGGUGACUGCAACAAGCCCGUUCCUCUUUAACGCCGUGAAUCUUGCAUGUCACAUGUUCGCGUGUAAAGUCAUAGAGCGCUUAUAAUAAAGAAAAAGUACAUACAAGGCAGGCACAAAGAUGCCCGCAGAGCCGCCGGACAAGCUGUUGUCUCUCAAGUGCCGAUGGUUACAACAUGGCACAGGUUACUCGUGCAAGGCUGGGUCGACCCAGGGGAGGUCCAAAACAGGUUCACGUAUUACUCACCUUUUGAUGUGUUAACCACGGGCAGGCGUUGAAACCACGUCGCCGGUGCUUGUAGCACAGUGCGCUAACUAACGCACGACCGCUCCCCAAACAGACACACAUGGAGCAACGACACGAAGGGUCCCCAUGUAAUCUUGUAGACUGUUGGGGGCAUGGACCUAUUAAGACAGGUUCGGUAUACCAGAAGAUGUUGGGGCCUACAACCACGCUCGGCCACUGUUGCCGUCUGAUGUUCACGCUGCACUGGCUGCUCAUUUUAAACCACACACACAAAUACGCACGGGCCAUAUACACGCGUCUUACCGAGUCUACAGAGCGCAGAACGCCACUCCGAACCACGUCGUGAGCUGCGAGGUUUAAGUGAUCACGCAGGUUGAAAGUCACGAUUUAGACUGCUCGAAAAAUGCAUCGCGGGCUUGCGCAGGACACGCCGAUGGAAGGGACGAUGGCCAAUGGUCAAGAAUAGUGACUGAGUUGCAGCCAUGGAAUGGAACGCGUCCGUGAAGAGCGCGUCCACGGAGGGAGAUGGAGCGAUCACAUCAUCUCGUUGUGUGGAUGCUGGGUGGAUUGGGGCAUCGCGAGAUCGCGGUAUAUGGCGGCGGCUUGGAGCGGGCUUCAUUCAGCAGUGGAUUGAUCGUGGCGGAUUUCUAUAUGAUGUAAAUUGUGUCUCAGUCCAGAUGCAUCUCACGAAUACUGGUGUUUCUGACGUAGCACGUGCGUAUGACUGGAAAUCACCGACAAUUGGGAGGGUAUACACAACCAUAUAGUCGUGAACUGUAAUGAUUACAUUAUAGAAGACGGUCCAAUGCAGGUGGAAAUAGGUUGGGUAUUCAGCCGAGACUUCAACUGGAGCAGGGAAUCGGCAGCACGGAUUACAGGGUGGUGGGUGGGUGGUGGGUGGGUGGGUGUAAUUCCAGGCAGUAGAAGUGGCAGCUGAGAAGGAGCGACCUCCCAUUGAGCGGGCGCCAACUGUUCUCCAGUAAAUGCAAUCAGAAUAGCGCCCUUGUUUUAUACAAGGGGGCCGCCCUGGAGAGCCCCUCUACAGCUGCUAUUGCGAAUAGCGUUGUACGUCAUAACAAGUGCAGGCAGCUAUAGAAGACGUCCGCAUGUGCGACAGGCGGCCAGGGGUGACUUGGGAUUCUCAUUUUAUAAUUUUCUUUUCGGUUGGUUUUGUUUGCCAUGGCGUAUAUGUUUGUUAGUAUUCUCAUUAAUUGCUUACGCGCUUUUACAUUACACUAGCAAUUGUUUCGAACUGUGUAAUAGUAUAACGAGCGGUAUGCUGUGUACAUAACGUUAAAUGCAGUAUUGCAAUGUUACAAUACCAAUAUACAAUACCAUAUCGGAGUAUUUAUAUCAAGUAUAGCGUAAUGAUGUUGCGAGCGCUUUGAUGGCUGUAUUAUUAAAGGUUAUAUAGUGCCACCAA